AUGUCUUCUUCUUCUUCUUCUUCUUCUUCUUCUUCUUCUUCUUCUUCACUCAUUUCUCCGCCUUCCUAUAUUCUCCUUAUUCCUCUCAUCUGUUUCCCCUCUCUUGCGUUUCUUUUCCAUUCCCUCACACCCUGCUCGCUACUUAAUCUUGUUUUUCCUUCCAGUUCUUCGUUCUAUUUAACUUACCCUUUUAUUAGCUUCUUACUUUUUCAUCCUUUUUUUUUCCACUCUUUUCUCUUGUUCAAAACGACGUCUUUCUUUAUUUACUUUCUUCUUCAUUUUUUUUUAUGUCGUAUAAAUAUCUCGGCAUUGGAAAAGAAGAAAAGAAAAGCUAAUAUUCAUUUUAAAAAAAAAGAGAAAACACUCACACCCAUAACUAAGUGCUUUUUUCAUUCACACAUCUAUAUAUAUUUCUUCUUUUUCUUUUACUUUUUUACCUCUCUAUCGCUUCCGAUCGACAUUUUCUCUCUCUCUCUCUCUCUCUCUCUCUCUCUCUCUCUCUCUCUCUCUAUCUAUCUAUCUAUCUAUCUAUCUAUAUCUAUCUUUCUCUUUCUUUCUUUCUUUUCUUUCUUCCUUCUUGCGGAUUUCUCAUUUUCAUAUCUACUUUAUUGUCACUCUUCACAAAUUGUUUCCUCUUUUCUGUCUUUCUUUGGUCACUUCUUCCAUCUUUUUCCCGUUUUAUACCCCUCUUAA